AUGGCAGCACCAUCCACCGACUCGCAAGAAAAAGCUAGCAAGGCUAGCAAGGCCAGCUCCGAGCUCGACCCUGAAACCGUCGAGCUGAGCAGGUCUGCCUCGGAGACCUCGAACACGCCCAGGGGCAAGAAGCUCAUCCUUGCCGCCUACUUUGUGCUUGUUUUCGCAGCUUUUGUUGAGACCUUUGCCGGCGACUCCACGUCGGGUCUGGAUUCCUAUGCCACGUCCAAUUUCAACGCCCAUGCGCUGAUUUCCACCGCCGCCGUCGUCUACAAGAUCACCGCAAUUAUCUCGUACCCUAUUAUGGCCAAGCUCAACGACCUUUUCGGCCGCAGUGAGGGUUUCGGCUUUUCUGUCCUGGUGUACACCAUGGCCUACGUUCUUUACGCCGCAUGCCAGAACGUGCAGACUUACGUCUGUGCAGAGAUCCUGUACGCUGUUGGAAAAAUCGGGUACCGGGUGUUCCAGCAGGUGUUCAUCGCCGACACGUCUUCGCUCAUCAACCGUGGUCUCAUGUCGCAGCUUCCUGACGCCAUUGCCGCCGUGCCUUCUCUUUACGUCGGAUCCGUCAUCCAGGACGCCUUUAUCGAGCACUCCACCUGGAGAUGGGGCUACGGUAUGUGGGCCAUUGUCAUGUUUGUGUCCUGUCUCGUUCUGACCACCAUGAUGUACAUUGUCGACCGCAAGACCAAAUCCACCGGCCACGAGAAGAUCAUCAAGUCGCUCCAGGACCUGCCCGAAGGAAACUUCUUCAAAAAGGCCGGAUACUACCUGUUUGUCAGACUGGAUAUCUUUGGAGGCAUUCUGAUGGCCGUUGGACUCGUGCUAUUUUUCAUUCCACUCACAUUGACCGGAACGUCCAGUCCGUACAAAUGGCACGAAGCUAAACUCAUCGCGCUGCUGGUUGUCGGGUUCGUCAUUUUCUGUCUGUUCUUGCUGUGGAACACCAAGUUUGCCAAGUUUCCGUUUGUGCAACACCAGGCUUUGCUGCAAAGAACCACCUUGCUUGCCUGCGUCAUUGUUGCCCUGGACUGGUGCGAGAACUCUGCCUUCUCCACGUAUAUGAAGACCGUGCUCCAGGUGUCCAACUACGUGACCGUUGGAGAGGCCAGCAGAAUCGACAACUCGAAAAAAGCGUGUCUCCAAAUCUUCAGCGUGGUGGGUGGACUCAUGAUGAAGUACACCAAACGCUCGAAAUUGUUCGUCACCUCGGGAAUCGUGCUCCUUUACUUGGGACACGUUCUGCUGGUGUACUUUGUCAACACGGGCGACGGAAUGGCCGCCAAGCCGCUUCUGUACAUGGCUGAGGUGUUUAUUGGUGCAGGCAGAGGAUUCUACCAGUGCGCGAUGCAGGUGAUUGUGCAAGCUGUGGCCGGCCGUCACAACAUUGCCAUGUCGACCGCUUUCUUCCUUGCGUUCAGCUCUAUCGGCUCGCUGAUCGGCUCUGCCAUCGCAGGCUCGAUCUGGAACACCGUUAUCUUGUCCAAGCUCAACAAAUACCUCCCAGAAGACUCCAAGAGCAAUGCCACCAAAAUUUACAAGAGCAUCAAGGUGGCUCUCAAGUACAAGAAGGGAACCGAGGAGAGAGACGCCAUUGCCAGGGCCUACCGCGAGACGCAGCAAAUCAUCGGAUGGGCCACUGUUGGCGUCAUCACCCCUAUGCUCAUUCUGAUGCUCUUUGUCCACAACGUCCAGCUCACAGAUAAGGCCGAUGUGUACGAGGACGACACUGUUUCGGAGCCAGAGUCUGUUGAAGACGUCAAUGCCAAGGUCGCCGAGGAGAAAGAGGUUACUCAGGGACCAACGAGGCUGACGAUGAAACAGGACAUUCGCCAAUCGUUGAGCAACUUCAGAAAGAAGCCUCUGAAACAACAGAUCUUGGACGCUAUUGGAAUUUAA